UCGUCGCGAUUUCCACGAACACUCUCAGGAUUCUCGCUCUCGAGAAGCUGGGAGCGGUGUUCAAUCAGAUCAGUUUCCCUCUCGAGUAUACACCCCGUCAAUUCGCGAUCCACUCGGAUUCGGCGCAUCUUAUAAUCAUCGAAACGGAACACAACGCGUACACGGAGGAAACCAAGCAACAGAGGAGGUUGCAGAUGGCCGAGGAGAUGCAAGAAGCCGCGGGUGCGGAAGAAGCUGCCGUCGCGAGGGAGUUGGCGGAAGCUUUCCUGUCCGAGGAACCGAACGAAGCCGUAUUCGGUGCGCCGAGAGCUGGCCCAGGCUUGUGGGCAUCUUUGAUCAGAAUAAUAGCGCCUACCACAGGACAGACUUUUGAGAUUCAUCGGUUGGAGCAAAACUAUGCCGCUUACUGCUUGAGUCUCGUAAAGUUCAUGAAUCAGGGCGAUCAGCUGUUCCUCAUCGUAGGCGUGGCGAAGGAUUUCCAGCUGAAUCCAAGAGUCAGCACCGGUGGUUUCCUCUACACGUACAAAGUGAACGCGGAGUGUACCAGUCUGGAGCUAGUGCACAAAACUAUUUUGGACGAGGUACCUUUGGCUAUUUGCCCGUAUCAGGGAAGGGUGUUGAUCGGUGUUGGCAGGAUGCUACGAUUGUACGACAUGGGCAAGAAGAAACUUCUGCGAAAGUGCGAGAACAAGCACAUUCCUAACGCCGUCGUUUCCAUCAACGCUAUCGGGCAAAGGAUUUACGUGAGCGACGUUCAGGAAUCCGUUUACGCUGUCAGAUACAAACGUCAAGAGAACCAGCUCAUAGUCUUCGCCGACGACACGCAUCCGAGGUGGAUAACGACGACGUGUGUACUCGAUUACGAUACCGUCGCUACUGCCGAUAAAUUUGGAAAUAUUGCCGUUAUUCGUUUGGCGAGUGGAAUCAAUGACGACGUGGACGAAGAUCCGACUGGUAACAAAGCUUUAUGGGACCGAGGUUUGUUAAACGGCGCCAGCCAAAAGGCUGACACGGCCGCUUGUUUCCACGUCGGCGAGACGGUAAUGUCUUUGCAAAAGGCCACCCUUAUUCCUGGCGGCUCGGAGAGCUUGGUCUACACGACGUUGAGCGGAACCGUUGGCGUUCUCGUCCCGUUUACGAGCCACGAGGAUCACGACUUCUUCCAACACUUGGAGAUGCACAUGCGAUCGGAACAUCCACCCCUAUGCGGCAGGGAUCACUUGUCCUUCAGGUCGUACUAUUAUCCUGUGAAAAACGUGAUCGACGGGGACCUCUGCGAGCAGUUCAACUCUAUCGAGCCGGCGAAACAGAAGAGCAUAUCGGGCGAUCUCGAGCGUACGCCGUCCGAGGUAUCGAAGAAGCUCGAGGAUGUUCGUACACGAUACGCCUUCUAACUUUAUCUAUUUAUUAAACUGGACGAUUUUUGCAUUCCGUUUCUAAGAAGGUUUGGCUUCAUUUUCAUAACAGUGAUUUCGCAUUAAUUAAAUUCAACUGGAUGUUGUUUAUUUCAUUGAUUUGUGAGAAAUAUGAAGUGAUUGUAUAGGAAACUGGUACCACCGUAUAAUAAGUAGGACGUACGUUUCACGCGAUGUUCCGAUGUUAAGGAGUCGCAAAAUGAAAUCUAUUACAUUAAACAAGUUAUUUUUAACGAGAGGGAUUAUUUCUAAAUCGUCGUGACGUCUCGUCGUAUUCAAGAAGAUGGUGUAACUAUCAAUUAAGGUACAUUUGAUGGAAUCUUUAAUUUUACGAAUUCCGGAUGAAGCUUUGAGAAAGAGUGAUCAUCGAUAAAAUACAGUUACUGUGUAACACAGGUCUGCGACAGAAUUGAAGUUCUCAGUGGUUUUCAAGUUCUCGUCUAAUUUCUUUCGUACUCGCUGAAGAAUAUUAACGUGCAAUUUUUUUUAGUUCGCCCUUGUUACAGUUUACUAAGGAGAAGAGUUAAAAGCGAGCUGCGGCGUGUAAAAAAAGAAAAAAAUAGAAAACUCUUCGUCGACCUAUUUCACCAUUAUAAAUACAGCAUGCUCGUUAAAGACUGAACAUACCGAACGAACCGUUUCCUCAGUUAAAAGACAAUAAAAUCGUCUUGGUCA